UCGGCUUGAAGUUGGAGACGAUAGUGUCAAGAUGAAGACUUCCGUUUUAUUCCUCGUCCUCCUGGUGGUGCUGUCGGCGGUCCUCAGCGCCGCCAACCCUGCCGCUGAUCCCUUCAAGAAAAAAGGCUACAAAAAGCAGGGGUACAGGCCUAGGCCUGUUGCUAGGCCUGUGGUUUAUCGCCCUGUCUAUGUUGUGCAGAAACCGGUGCAGCCAAGCUACGGACACCAGCCAAGCUACGGACACCAGCCAAGCUACGGACACCAGCCAAGCUACGGACACCAGCCAAGCUACGGACACCAGCCAAGCUACGGACAUCAGUCAAGCUACGGACACGGCUGGUAAAUUUUCUUGUUAGUGAUAUCCAUGAGGCUCCCCGGGCUCAUGGCUUCUCUAAAGGAACUGAGGAGUGAUCGGUUUCUGACACUUUAAGAGCACUACCUCCAUUUUCAAUUCAAACUCUGAGAGUCGCUGCCUACCUUUAGUUUAGAAGAUAAGGAAAUUUCAUGUUGAAAUCUCACUCCAUAGUAACGGAUUUAUUUCUCUUCAUCGUAUCAUUCUCA